UUUUUUUUCCUCUCCCUUCUCAAUCCCAAGUACAUCUCUCAAUCGCCAUAUUGGGUACUGAGAAGGUUUGUCUGCAGUUUUCGCUCACUUACAGGACGAAAUUUGACAGAGCGGCUUCGGUGUUCGUCCUCUGCUUUUGUUUUGAUGGUCGGCGGAGACUACUUUGGGCUUGAAAACAGCGCGUGCCUUCCCGUUUCCAGCCUGACGUCUGCAUGGCAUCAGCCGUUUGACGCUUGUUUUGGAUAUUAUUGCGCUGCGUUCAGGAGAUACCCGUUGUUUUUAAGCUGUGUGUUUUUCUUGUAAAGAGAAGAAAAGAAAUUAAAAAAAAAAAAAAAAAUUGGACACCCUCGGCCCGAUUGAAUUUUUUUUUUUCUUUUCUUUCUUGGGGGGGAAAAUGUCAGAUGUUCGACUCUCAAACGGGAGCCCGACGUUGGAGCGGACGGACUCCCGAGUACCGGAUCACCCGAAACCAUCAGCCUGCAGAAGCCUGUUUGGCUCGGUGGAUCACGAAGAGUUAAAGAGGGAUUUAAAGGGACAUUUGCGGGAGAUGGAAGCAGAUGCCUCCGCCAAGUGGGGCUUCGACUUCGCCAAUCACACGCCGCUUUCCAACGGUAGGCUGAAGUGGGAAUUAGUGGAUUGUAGAGAAGUCCCGGAUUUUUACAGCAGACCGCAAAAGCAGCACAACAACAGGGAGAAGGGCGUCUGCUCCACUGGGAAUAACAAUGUGGAUUUAAAUGGGAAUCAUAACUGUGUGGUGGUGGCUCCGAAUGAAGACGGCGUCAGGUCGGAUGGGCAGAUGGAGUGCACGGAGCAGUGUACGGGGAUGAGGAAAAGACCUGCAUGUCACGACCCCACGGCCCAAAAUAAGAGGUCACACACCAGCUCAGAUGAAGUUAGUUGUCCGAGCCUGAGCCACUCUGCAGAGCACACACCCAGAAAGACCAGUCCCAAGAGACAAACGUGAAGAACAUAAAAAUGAGCUGAAGAUGUAUUUCCCCUUUAACAUGGGAAAACUCAGUGUUGGCCGAUUUGGAGGAGGAACUACACAGCAUCAGAAACAUAUCAACUCUCCUGAAGACGGGGGAGGACGCUGUUGAAGCACUGAAUAGAAACACUAAAGUUGUGGCACUCAAUUAAAGUUACUGCCUCUAAAAGCAGUCAAUGUAGCAGUGUGCAAUUAGGUUUGAUUUCCUUUUUUGCUCCUUUUUUACUACCUGUGUGUAAAUAAAUAUAUAUAUAAUAUUAUAUUUCUCUCCAUAUGUAGCACAUAAAAACAUUAUGAUUUGAAAACAAAUCCUUUAUGUAAAAGGUGUGAAUUUUGAUUUGACUUGAAGAAUUGCAGUGUAGUUUGAUAAAUGUUUCCAAAAUGCUGUUCUGUUUUUUUUUUUUUUUUGUUAUUUUAUUUUCUGAAAGGCAGUGUGACUUUGACACAGUCCCUAAUUGCUACAUUUAAAAAAAAAAAAAGAAAAAAUCAUGGCUCCUCACAGUUUCUUAACAGUGUAUCUUCACUCCGUCAUCUUCCUAAGUCAGCGGUGAAGAACGGUACAAAUGUAGCUCGUCUUUUUUUUUUUUUCUUCCUCUGGUCAUUGUAGUUUCACCAAGUGCAGGUUCUCAGAUUAGAUCUGUUUCCCCAGGAAAUUAAAACAAGAAAAAAGUAAUACUUCUAUUAGUGUUUUACUCAAAUCAUCCAAUAUUUAUUUACUGAGGUGCUUUAGCAUCAGUUGAAUUCUGGAAUAUUAUCUUUUUUUUUUUUUUUUUUUUCCUCUGGAGUUUUGAGGUACUCAGAUAUUGAAGGACAAAGACCAUACAAACUGCACAGGGUGUGUUGUAAAGUCAUCCUCUCCUUGACUGUAUUCAAAGCCUUAAUGCUCUUCACAGAGAGGUUUGUCUGAAAUGGGCUGAAUGUCCUACAAUACCAAAUACAUGGUUGCUUCAGUAUGGUUACCAGCGCUGCUGGUGCUCGACUUCACAUUGUAUUACUUUGUGAUAACCUAGAAUUAAAUUUCCAUUUUGUGUUUUCUAUUUUUUUUUUGUUUUUUUUUCUCACCAAUGUUGUUAGCCUGCUGAUGGUGCAAAUGUAAGCAUCCAAAAGCUUCCCUUUUAUUUGUGUUAAGUAUGGUUUAUAUUCGAAGAGACCAGCGUACACCUGAAUGGAGAGAAAAUGGUUUGUGUCUAAAGUGCAGUCACCAUGCCUGUGUAUUUGUGUAAAUCUUUGCAAUGUACCUAUGUACAUAAUUUUGUAAAAACACUGAGAAAUUAUACUAACUUAUUUAUGUCAAGCUUUUUUAUGUAGAAUAAAAAAUGGGGUUUUGAUUACGGUUAUCCAAAGUGGCAUUUACUUUAUUAUAAUUGUCUUAUUUUGUAAAAGCAUAUUUUUGGUAGUUUUUUUUUCUUGUAAGGUUGCAAACUGAGCCUGAUAAAAUAUUUGAUGUGCAUUUUGUAAUGUGUGGUUAUAAAAUGUGUUGCAAUCAAUUAAAAGAGAAAAUUAAAUUUA